AACUGAGUGCAAGCAGGCACAAAACAAAUCACCACGAGAAAAAGUAAGCAGUCUUAGAGGCACGCGGGCUACCGGACGGGUAGGAGAGUGCGUGGCAGAGACGUGAGCAGCGCUGAAGGGGCAGAGGAGCAGGGCCACAGCUAGGAGCUGGGCUGUCACGUCCACAAAGGAAUAAUCCAGCACCCUCCUGCCGCAGCUCAGUGCCUUAAGAAGGAGACCGGAAAUUAGGACGAUUGGCAACAGCUGCGCCCGUCAGGUAGCUCCGCCCAACUCAACGGAGGUCCACAUCUGCAGAUGCACAAAGAGAGCCGUAAGAGUCCAAAUAACAACAAAACCUGGACGUACCCCCAAACAGAAACACAGGGUAAAAGCACAUGUCACUGUGCAUUAUUAUUAUUAUUACUUUUACCAUUAGUGAGUUUUGAGGUCACUGAACAGUCCAAUACAACAGUUGCAGGGUCUAUUGCAAUAGGGGCAUACAGUAUGAAGUUAGUGACCAUCUUCCUCCUCUGGCAUUUCCUUUCCCCCACCUCGCUCCUCUCCUCCUGUCCAGCAUGACAAAGUUGCCUCCAGAGAGUACGAUCGGAGGCAGAGCUUUCUAGCUGUGUGUUCUGCAUUCCACACCUCCUGAGUGUUAUCUUGAGCAGGUCCUCUCCAUUUUUAACUUACUGCAGUUUGCUGGCCAUGAUGUAGUUGACCAUAUAGCAGUUGUUGUAGAAGUCUGUCACCUGGCAUUCUGAUGGCGUGGCUGGCCCAUCACAGUUGGUACUGAAGAAAAGGUCUUGCAGUUCUAUCCAUCAUUUCACGCCGCUCUGAUGUGGUAGCAGUAGGAUGGUCACUGCUGAGGCAGGGGGGCACAGCUACUUGGUGGCGUGCUGGCAGCCCAUCCUGAUUCUGAUGCUGGGCACCGUCCUUUCUGGCUCGACCACUGGAUGCCCUUCCCGAUGUGACUGCAAUGCCCAGGAACGCUCAGUUGUGUGCCAUCGAAGACGAUUGGCUACUCUUCCUGAAGGCAUCCCCACUGAAACAAGGCUUCUUGAUCUGAGUAAGAACCGCCUAAAACUUCUUGGGCCUGAGGAAUUCAUCAACUACCCACAGUUGGAGGAGCUCCAACUGAAUGAAAACAUCAUUUCAUCCAUUGAGUCUGGAGCUUUUAGCAACCUUGUGAAUCUACGGACCCUUGGGUUGCGCAAUAACCAGCUCAAGCUCAUUCAGCUGGGUGUGUUCACUGGCCUCAAUAACCUUACACAGCUGGAUAUUAGUGAGAACAAAAUUGUCAUUCUGUUGGACUACAUGUUCCAGGAACUCUAUAACUUAAGGGUAUUGGAAGUGGGUGACAAUGACCUCGUUUUCAUCUCACCACGAUCGUUUCAUGGCCUCAGCAAUCUUGAAACCCUCAACAUUGAGGGUUAUAAGCUGUCGUCUGUGCCCACUGAUGCCCUGAGCCAUCUGCACAACCUGCUGUCACUUCGAUUACGCUAUCUGAACAUCACUGCCAUAAGGGACUACUCCUUUAAGAGGCUGUAUAGGCUAAGAGUACUGGAAAUAUCACAUAUGCCUUCCCUGGACACCAUGACCCCAAAAUGCUUGUUUGGAAUCAACCUGACCUCGUUGGCAAUCACAAACUGUAAUCUUACUGUUAUUCCGUAUCAAGCUAUCAGUCACUUAAGAUAUUUACGAUUUCUGAACCUGUCUUUCAAUCCCAUUCAUACUGUUGAAGGAAACCAACUUCACAAUCUACAAAAGCUGCAGUCCUUUCAUUUGGCUGGUGGCAGAUUAAUUGCCAUUGAACCUUACUCAUUCCGAGGACUAAAUCAUCUGCAUGUUCUCAAUGUUUCCAGUAAUGGGUUGAACACCCUGGAGGAGUCUGUCUUCCACUCAGUGGGCAAUCUGGAGACGCUGGCUUUGCAUGACAAUCCUUUGGCAUGUGACUGUCGCUUGCUCUGGGUUUUCCGCCGGAGGUGGAGGUUAAACUUUAAUAGACAGCAACCCAUCUGUGCUUCACCUGAUAUUGUGCAUGGAAAGGAGUUCAAGGACUUCCCAGAUAUCCUCCCUUCUGAUUAUUUCAUUUGCCAGAAAUCAAAAAUUGUGGACAACAAAGCUCAAGAGAGCCAUGUGGAUGAAGGAACUACAGUCAGCUUUGCUUGCCAAGCUGAGGGUGAUCCAGCCCCUGUCAUAAUGUGGCUUUCUCCGAAGAAAGACUACAUUACCACCAAAACUAUGGGGUCAAGACUGUCUGUGUCUGAUGACGGUACAUUGGAGGUUCGUUAUGCCCAAAUUCAAGACAACGGCACUUAUUUGUGCAUUGCAAGCAAUGCAGCAGGCAAUGACACCAAAGUUAGCCAUCUUUUUGUACACAGCUACUCCCCGAAUUGGCCUCAUCAACCAAACAAGACAUUUGCCUUCAUUUCCAACCAGCCGAGUGAUGACGGUGCGAAUGUUACCCGGACCACGAUUCCAUUUCCAUUUGAUGUUAAGACAUUAAUCAUUGCAACCACCAUGGGGUUCAUUUCUUUCCUUGGCGUUGUACUGUUCUGUCUUGUAAUUCUGUUUCUGUGGAGCCGAGGAAAAGACAACACAAAGCCAAGUAUAGAGGUUGAGUAUGUUCCACGCAAAGAAGACACAGAAGAGGCUAGUCCGACCGAGACUUCCAUACAAUUCAAUAUGAAAAUCAUGUGAACCAUAAAAUGUGGCCAAGUCGUGUAGACUUAAAAACUCAAGUUGGGAUGCAAGACUACAAGUUGGGAUGCAGACCAUCUUGCUUCAAAUGUGUACUUGAGAGAUAGCAGUUGCACAGCAGCAAAUGCAUCUUGGCCCAAUAUACCCCAAUUACUGUUUCUUGGUUAAUUUUGAUUUUCUUAACAAAAAGUGUAAAAAAAAAAAAAAAGAAAAUGUUGAAUUUCUAUACUGGCAAUACUCAAGUAUGUUAACAUGCGCACAAUUCUGAUGACUAUAUGUAACCAAAUUAAGGUAAUUGUUGAUGAGAAUGUGUGAGUGUGAAGUGACAGGAGUCGGAUUGCAGGUAGGUUGAUUUUUAGCACACAGACUAAACAAAAACUAGUCAAAACAUUGCUAAGAGUUUGCACACUUGUAAAUUUUCAAAGCACAAUAGCUUAAUAAAACAAUAGUUGAAUGUGACAUCUUAUCUUGCUCUCUCGUCCAAUCUCAAGGAGACAUUUGUUUUUGGAUUAUUAAUUUGGCAGUAUGUAAAUUUAUAUAAUGUAGAUAAUUCAGACAAUAAAUAAAUAAACCAAAAUUUCACAGUAGUACUGUAUGCAUUGGUUGGAAAGCAGUCUUGUCAUAUAAUUCCUGUUUACUACCUCCAAGCUUGUGUAUUUGUUUGUUUUGUCAGAAAGAUUUGAAAAAGAUACUGUAUUCAAAAGAGACCACUUUAACAUAACCGUCUCUCAUAUUGUGUGCUCAUCCAAUAUUGAAAGCUGUGUUAUAUUUAUUCUGGUCUAAUAGUUUAUGUCAAAUGAGAAUUCCCUUAAUCUGGUUACACUAAAAUAAAUAUUGUGCAUGUUAACACACCGAUCAAGAAAAAUAGGAGUACUACAGUGUGAGAUAUUUCCUGCCAUAUUUCCUGUAUCUGUUUUGAUAUGUUCUUCUAAAUGUUUUUUUUUUUUUACAGAUAUUUUAGUCUUUCCUUGUACAUUAUGCUACUGCACAUAAGCAAUGCUUUUCAUGGCUGUGAGAUUUGAGAAUAUUAACCUCAAGAAUGGAUCAUCGUCAGCAAAUAUAUUUUUGACCAAACAAGA